ACGGGUGGUAAUUGGAAGAAAUCACCGGUAAUAACUAGUUGGAUCCCCCCGAAUGGCCGACCAUUGUUUCGUAUUGCCCUAGCUAUCCCCUCGAGCUUGUCAAAAAGAUCUCCGUCGACCAUGGAGAUCUCAUCGAUAAUCAACACCUUGGUU